GAAAAAGAGCGCGGCUUUUGAUGUGUUGUUUCAUACCAUACACGGGCCUUGCAUACACGGCAAUACACGGUGUAUAGAGAACUGUUUCAUAGAUAUACAGAUUGAGAUAUAUAGGAUUCUUGUUCCAAACCAAGAUUUUUCACGAUAUUCCAAGCCGUGAUUCCAAGCUGAUUCCCCUACGGAUCAAGACGGGAAUUGACGUGAUUCCUGUUUGGGCUUGCGCGCGUUUUGGUUUCAGUUUGGUUUCAGUUUCAGUUUAGGUGGUCGGUACUCGGUGUUGAAAAGUACAGCGGUUUUGCGAGCGGUGUCUUUGCACCAGCCGUUUCGCGUGGUUUGUCAUUUGGUGCAAUAAUAGGUAUCCAUUGGAGGAAUUGGGACAAACCUUUUUGUUUUAUAUUUUGAUUUGCUUUGGCGUUUACAAAUAUAUGUUGAAGUGCCCCAGCAGUGGACAGAAGCUUUGUAUCAUAGGUGAUAGGUCCUACUUGUUUUUUGUAACACCUACUUGUUUUUUACUUUUUUUUUGCAUUAUUAUCCCUAGCUAUUCCCUUGUUAGCACGAGACAACUACAAGAGUUGAGUCAAGCAGUAAGCAAGUGCUUGCAUUAGAUCAUUGAAAAUGGCAAUGGUUCAAGCAGAACAAACUGUUGCAGCUGUUGAAGAAGAAGAUGACUUUGGUCCAAUGCUGCUAAAUAAGCUUGAGAGUCAUGGUAUCAGUGCCUCUGAUGUCAAGAAACUGGCUGAAGCUGGCUUUCACACUGUGGAGUCAGUUGCAUUUGCUCCCAAGAAGCAGCUCCUGGGAAUUAAAGGCAUCAGUGAGGCCAAGGCUGACAAAAUACUUCUGGAGGCUAGUAAGCUGGUGCCGAUGGGCUUCACGACGGCCACCGAGUUUCACCAGAAGCGCUCCGAGAUCAUCCAGCUGACGACGGGCUCCAAGGAGUUGGACAAGCUGCUGGGCGGCGGCAUCGAGACGGGAUCCAUCACAGAGCUUUUCGGAGAGUUCCGCACAGGCAAGACGCAGCUGUGCCACAUGCUGGCGGUCACGUGUCAGCUGCCUGUGGACAUGGGCGGCGGCGAGGGCAAGUGUCUGUACGUGGACACGGAGGGCACAUUCCGCACCGAGCGACUCAUGGCCGUGGCCGAGCGGUACGGCCUCAGCGGCACCGACGUGCUCGACAACGUGGCGUACGCGCGCGCCUACAACACGGACCACCAGACCCAGCUGCUCAUACAGGCCUCGGCCAUGAUGACUGAGUCCAGAUACGCUCUGCUGAUCUGCGACAGCGCCACGGCUCUGUACCGCACUGACUACACGGGCCGCGGUGAGCUGUCGGCGCGCCAGAUGCACCUGGCGCGCUUUCUGCGCAUGCUGCUGCGCCUGGCGGACGAGUUUGGUGUGGCGGUGGUGAUCACCAAUCAGGUGGUGGCGCAAGUGGACGGAGCCGCCAUGUUCGCCGCCGACCCCAAGAAACCCAUCGGAGGCAACAUCAUGGCGCACGCCUCCACCACCAGACUGUACCUGCGCAAGGGCCGUGGCGAGACGCGGAUAUGCAAGAUCUACGACUCGCCGUGCCUGCCCGAGUCCGAGGCCAUGUUUGCCAUCAACGCGGACGGCAUUGGUGACGCCAAGGACUGAGUCGGCGCUCCUACACUCCGCGAACCAUGCGUAACGAGCGGUCACCGAGUGGGACCAAACUGUCGGCGGUGGUAUAUGGUCUGAUAGAGGGCGGAGGCUGUGGUCUGCGCCCAGCGGACUGUCUUGGGGAGAAGUACAUACCAGUGGAUGACCCUCCCUAUUCCCUGCGAACUCCGUACAACUGGGAGGCGGUUGAUGCUCAACAGUGACACUGCCAGUUGUGCUCUCAGAGUGUGCCGCUCACGAGAUCUGGGGUUUAACGAGUUUCCAGAGUUGUGUCGUUCUUCCGAGCGCUGUCUUCAUGUCUGAGUCGUCAGUCGUGUAUGAUGAUUCAUUAUUGUGUUUGCGUUUAGACGAGUGCUGCUGAGUUCAGAAUCUACAAGUAACGUCGUGGACUAUGCCUGAUGUGAGAAUAUUGUCGAUGGCCCGGCUCUGGUUUUGACUUGUGUCGACCCGUGACUUGUCGAAAUCAUGGAAGAUCGUAUCGCCGGGCAUAGUGUCUUAUCAACUUGGGUGAAUGCACAAGAGCUGCGCGUGAAGCAUUGUUCAAGAAAAACUUGUAGGGUUGAACACCAUAAAUUUGUGUUUUGUGCAUAUUGUGAACAAUAAAGUCACGUCUGUUGA